ACAUUUGCAAGUUAAUCACGUCCAGUAUGACAGCAGACCUAUAAAAGCUUUCAAUUCAAAGCAAAUGAGUUAGUCUUCACUGAAGGAGGAGGACUCGAUUGAUCGCAAGGCCUCCAGGUGCUAAGCCCAACAUGGGUCGUACCAGGAUCUGCCUUUUGCUGCUGCUAAGCACGUACACCCUAGCACAGCAAGAUACAGGAAGUGUGGAUGAACAAUAUCCAACAUGCUUUGUGGCGAAAACAUUUAGGAACUUCAGACGCUUCGUGUAUGACUAUGAAGCUGAGAGCUUCAAUGGUGUUCCCGGAGCCACGGACAACAAGAGCGGCCCCAAAAUCUCUUGUCAAGUUGAGCUGGAAGUGCCUCAAACAUGCAGCUUUGUCGUGCGCACCACAGAAUGCUCCCUGAGCGAGAUUUUUGCUGUGGAUGAUAACGGCAAAGCACUGUAUCGCCCUGCGGCUGGAGCUCAGGCCUUUAAAGCUGCAAUGGCCAAGAACCCAUUGAAGGUCAAAGUUGAGCUACACUCCAAUGUGGAACUCUACCCUGAGGAAGAUGAACCAGUAAACAUCUUGAACAUCAAAAGGGGAAUUGUGACUUCCCUUUUUGUCCCCAUCUUGAAAGAAGAGACGAAGAACACGCAGACAGAGACUACCACCGUUUAUGGCUUUUGCCCCACUGACUUCACAGUCAAUGCCAGAACUGACAUUGCCACCGAUGUAACAAUCAGCAGGGAUCUUUCCAAAUGUGACAGCUUCAAUGCUCACAAACAGGCCACCAGUCCCCUGGCUCUCAUUUCAGGAAUGAACUAUCCUUUGUCCAAGAUGAUCAGCAGCCACCAGACAUGCAAUUACAAGUUUGAUGACCAGAAGAAGCAGAUGACCAGUGGAACCUGCACAGAGAAGCAUAUCUUCCUGCCACUCUCCUACAAGAACGAAUACGGAAUUUCCACUCUGGUAAAGCAGACUGUUACACUCAGGGAGACUUCCAGGAUUAAUGACAGAACUUUUAAUUAUCAUGAGGGUCUCGUCCGUUUCUUGGCAAUGGAACCUGUUGAUGACAAGUCCCCUGUGCAAACUAAAGAUGUCGCCAUCAACACAAUGCAGCAGCUGAACACCUUGACCCAGACGAAAAAUGGCAAGCAGCGUGGCUCCCUCUUCCACAAACUGGUGUCUGAGUUGCGUGGCAUGAAGGCUGAUGUUCUGCGCUCGGCUGUGUCUGAGAUGAUGGAUAUAUCCAACUCACUGACCAUUCAAGCUUUGGUCCAAUGCGGUACUCCAGAGUGCACCAGUGCCAUGCUGAAGGUUUUCAGGACCUUCAACAAAUUUGAUCAAGAAGUCGAUGCGGCAGUUUAUGCCCUGGCACUGCUGCCUAACCCUUCACGCCUCUUGGUUAAGGAUAUACUGGCCAUGGCUCAGAACAGAAAGAGCAAGCCUAUCAUGUAUGCUUUGAGUAAUGCAGUCAGGAGGCUGGACGAGGCUGAGGGUAGAAUUACUCCAGAGAUCACGGCUGUUUCUGAAUUUAUGGCUUCCCUUUUGGGCCCGGAUUGUUCUGGGGACAAAGAUCAGACCUUCCUAACUUUGAGGGUCUUAGGUAACAUUGGCGACGUGAUGGAAGUUGCUGACCCCACUAUUAAGAACACCCUGUUGAAAUGCAUGAGACAGCCUGCAACCACACUCUCUGUUCAGCUUGCUGCCAUCCAGGCAUUUAGACGUAUGUCUUUGACGGAUGAGGUUCGGUCCAACCUCCAAAGGGUCAGCCAGUAUCCAAAGGGUGCUGUGCAGAAACGCCUUGCAGCCUACCUGAUUCUAAUGAGAAAUCCUCAAAAUAGUGACAUUGAGAUGGUGAAGAAAAUCCUGAAAAUGGAGCAGAAUGAGCAGGUCAAAUCUUUUGUUACCUCCCAUGUCUACAACAUCAUUUCCUCCACUGAUCCUGAGACCCAGAAACUUGGCAGAAGGAUAAUGGAUGCACUGCAGGACAUUGAUGUCGGAACACACAAUGACUACACAUCAAAAUCUCGCAACUACAAGCUUGGCAUGACCCUUGAAAACAUGCAUGCCAACAUUAAGGGCAAUGUCAUCUUUGACCCAAGCAACCAGCUUCCCAGAGAAGUCAUGUUAGAAUCUACACUGAACAUCUUUGGGUACAAUUUGGAUAUGUGGGAGCUUGGAAUCGAAGGAAAGGGCUCAGAGCCCUCCAUUGAAGCCUUGUUUGGAAAGAACGGGUUCUUCCCAGACACACUGUCCAAGGCUCUGUACUGGGCAGAGAAUAAGAUGCCAGUCAAGAUGAUGGAAGUUCUGGAGAAGUGGGUUGCCCCAUUGAAGUCAGAAGGACAGAAGGUUCCUGAAGACCUUAUGAAAGAAAUAGCUCGCAAUUUCAACAAGCUGGUCAAAGAUCUACAGAAUCUAGACUCUCCAGAGGCCACAGCCUACCUGAAGAUUUUGGGAACAGAGCUUGGCUUCAUCAAGGCUGCUGAUCUGAAAUUUAUUGCCGAUUAUGCUAAAAUGUAUGCAGAGAUCUUCCUCAAGGUCCUUCCUACGGAGGUUGUUUCUAAACUGAUAUCCGGCACAGACAAUGAGCUCUUUAUCCACUACAUGUUCAUGGACAACAAUUUUUUCCUUCCAACCGCAUCUGGUUUGCCUUUGACCUUUUCUCUCUCUGGCACCUUUACUCCCGGAGCCAAGGGAGGACUUCGCAUUUCUCCAAACAUGAAUGAACUGGUGUUCAUGCCGUCGGUUGGCAUUGAGUUUGUGACAAAGAUGGGUGUCCAUGUCCCUGAAUUUGUUGUCUCUGGUGUUGAGAUGCAUACCAGCUUGUACCAUGAGAGUGCAGUCAAAGCUAAGCUAACUAUUGAGUCAAACGAGGUCAAACUCUCUAUCCCAGCUGCCCAGGGCCCUGCUAAGCUUAUAAGGAUCAGCAAUACAGUGAUGAUUGUGGCCGAUGGCAAAGCUAGCAUUAUCCCACACAAUAUGGGUGAUGCAAAUUGCGAUUCCAUCUUUGGAUUCAAGUAUUGCACUAAAAAACUUCAAGUUGAUUUACGCGGGAAGAGUGAUGUGCCUUACUUCCCUCUGACCGGACAGAGAAUGUUUGAAAUUGACAUCGAGCCUAAGGUCUCAUACACAGCCACUUUUACAUACGCACUCCUGAGUGAAGGAAAGGACGAUCCCCACAAGGUCGAUUCACUGAAGAUGACUCUGAAAGCUGAUGGAGAUCAGAAUGCUGAAGCUACUGCAACCAUGAAAUACAAUAGGAACAGGAAUGUCUUCACCAGCCAAAUCCAGAUACCCGACUUUGAUGUCGAAGCUGGAAUCAAGGUUGGCCUGACUGACAGCAGCACCAAAGACAAAGCCAUAACGCUUGAACUUUCCAACAAGAAUGUGCCACAGCUCACCCUGACUGGUCGCAGCCGGUUUCAUGACUUAACUGACAGCAUGUUGCAGAUUCAGUUAGUGGUUCCCUCCCUAAAGACAGAUUGGGCAAUGUCUGCUACCACGUCUAGCAGUCGCCACAAAGGCCAACAUGUGGUUCUUGAGGUCAAAAGCGAUAUGAAACUCCCAGAGACCUCCUCUAUUCAGUCAGUCACAUGCAUACUUGACAGUUAUGGUACUGAGGUCAAGCUGAUGUCAAACGUGAAUGCAGAGACCAAACUCAUGGUUCUUUAUAGUGAUGCCCUCCUUGCCUGGAUCAGGCAGUUUUCUGAAGAUGCCAUGGACCACCAGGUUGUCAACACUGACAUGAAACUGCGUCACAUUGUCAACAAAGCACUUGAGGCCAGCAACAUCUGGAUGAACAAGAUCUCUACUGAACUUCCUUACGUGGAGACUCUGAAGAACAAUAUUGCAAACGUGGAAAUGCCCUCAAUGCCUGAGAAUCUAUUCAUGAACAUGGAAAGCAAAUUCCGAUACAACUUUGGUAACGACCAUAAGAUCAUCAUUCUCCCUGAUCCUAAAGAAUGGUUCACAUCUCCUGCCAUCAGCAACGUGCCGAUAUCUAGCAUCCCAGCCAACCGAGUGAUCUACCUCCUCGUUUUAGGAAUGAUGGAAAUGUCUGCCAAGGUGGACAGCAACUAUUACAAUUGGGAGACAACUGUGUCAGCAGGCAAUAAUACUGUGGACUCUCCAAACUAUUUGGCCAAGUUUAAAUCUCAGGCUACGAGUCCAAUUAAAAUUCUUUCCUACACGACUGAAGGAGCUGCUGCAAUUGGUGAAACAGAUGACAAAACACUGAAGUUCACCCUGACUGGCUCCCUAGAGCACCAGUUUGUGAGUACAAGGGUUAAUGUGGAAGAGACUAUUGCUGUCUCAAAUGAUAUAACGUCACAGGGAAAAUACAAUGUCCAUGUGUCUGCCCCAUUGGGCUUGCGGACCUCUCUGGAUAUUACCAAGCACUUCACUCUUGAUUCAGCCAAGCUAUUGGGAGAUAUCAAUGGUGAUGGAAGUGCUGCUUUUGGAUCUUUAACUGCCAGCAGCACUUAUCUCAACACCUUCUCAGCUGAUCGUGUUAAGAAGGAACUCAGAUUGGAGAGCACAUUGAGAGCUAACUCUGAAAUCAUGAAGGCUACGAAUAAGAUCAAGACUGUGUAUGCAAAUGACAAUCUUAUGAUCGAAUCUAACACUAACAUAAACAGUGAGCCUAUUAAGCACUCAACAAAAAUGAACCUCAACUUUAAGGAUGCCAAGCUUAGCAUUCUCUCAAACUCUGUGACCAAAGCUGGUCAGAGAACACUUCAAAACCAAAUUGAGUUCUCAGCCUCUGAAGAUCAAGCUAGCCUCCGUAUAGGGAAUACAGCUGAAGAUACUGUGAACCGUGCCUACUCUUUGCUGACUGGUUCCAUGAAUCCCUCUGGUUUGGAGCUCAAUUCUGAUGCCUCUAUUAACAUCUUUUCAAGCCUUGCCUCUCACAAGGCAACCUUGGCUUUGAACGCCAUUGGCUUGACCACCAGCUGCACGACAACUGCUCAGCACAAUCGAAUGACCUUUGAGAAUAUUUUCCACAGUGGACUUGAUGCCAAUGGUGCCACCAUGUCCCUCACCACAAAGGGAGGCAUUCAAGAGAACAAAGUUGACUUUAAUGUUGAGGGAAAGAUUGCAAACUCUGAAGUCUACCUUAACGGCGUUUUUAACGGUGACAUUUUGGCCAUCAACACAAGAAACACAAUGAAUUUCAGACUAAGCGAAGAUGGCCUGAUCUUAUCCAACAACAUUGUUGGAUCUUUCAACGAAAUGAGGACCGAAAAUUCAAAUUCCCUUUCCCUUACAUCAAGAUCCUUAACACUCCAUACCAAGACUGACAAUUUCCUUAACCCGAAAAAUUCUUAUAUGCAUGACAUCACAGUUACCAUGGAGCAUUUUAAAGCCUCAGUCAUGGUCAAAAAUAAUCUAAAGGUCAUGGAGAUAAACUUCAACAAUGACGCUCAAUUCAAGGCACAGCCCUACAUCAUGGAGCUGACAGGAACACUAAAGGGAGACUUGUCAGGAGAUGAGCUCAAACACACUUAUGAAGUCAAGAUGAUGGACAUGAUCCUUUCUACAAAGUGCAACACCAUCGGUAAAAUCCUGGGAUCUCAGAUUACACACACCACAGAUAUGGAGGUUGCUGGUCUAACUAUGAAAUUCAACAAUAUUGCUGAUUACAAAUCAAAAUCUCUUCGUUUUGACAGCAAUAUAAAUGCUGCUGCCGAACCUUUCUCCCUUAACAUUGAUGCCUUGUUUAACGCAAAUGGUGGACUGUCUUUGUAUGGACAGCAGGGUGGACAACUAUACAGCAAAUUCCUCCUGAAAGCUGAACCUUUGCUUUUCACACAUUCAUUUGAGUCCAGAGCCUCUACCACUCAUGAAAUUGAAGGCAUACCCACCAUCAAGACCAUUGUGGACAACAAACUCAGCAGCUCAAUGAGUCUCCAAGAGCAAAGUGUCCGAUUUAAGGUUAAAUCGAAGGUAAAUGACCACACUUUUGAUCAAGAAUUGGAGGCCUACAACAACGCAGAAAGAAUGGCUAUUGAAAUGAAAGGAGCAGUCACCACAAGCCUCUUUACUGAAGCCGGACAAGACUAUAGUGUGUCUGGAUUUGUCAAAUACGACAAGAACACUGACAGCCAUUUCAUCCAGAUACCUUUCACCGAGCACAUUCCUGCAUUCAUUGAAGAGGUAAAAGAGACAGUAAUGAGGCUGAGCGACCACACAAUUGAAUUCCUGAAAGACAUCAACACCCAGUAUGAGAUCAGUAACAAGAUUCAGAAUAAAGUAUCUGAGCUGAAGAAGGUCAUUGACGAUUUUGAUUUAAACGUCUUUGUUGAAGACCUACGAAAAUAUGUGAUUUCCAUUGAAAAUGUCUUGGCCAAUCUGACAGCUAAAUUGCCAACAGAACAAAUAAUCAAUGUGCUACAAUCAAUCAAAGAUACCAUUAUGGCUUGGAUCCAGAACCUUAACAUCUCUAAUAAGUUUGAUGCAAUUUAUGGAAAAAUAGAGGAAAUUCUGUCCAAUUAUGAGGUUGAGAAGGUGAUCGGAGCAGUGAUGGAUGGGGUUGUCAAAAUUAUGAAGCAGUAUCACGUACGGGAAAGGAUUAGGUCCAUAUUUGACCUGAUUAGGUCAAUUGACAUCAAGCCUAUGAUCAAAAAGGUAAUGGCACCUGUUGAGGAGCUUGUGAAUGUGCUGCACUCCUUUGAUUUCAAACAGCUGAUUGAUGACAUGAGAGUUUACGUCAUGGGAAUGGUACAGAAGAUACAGUCCUUUGAUUACAACACAUUCACAAUGGAGGUGAAAGAAAAAGUGAGAGAGAUGAGCAAGAUUCCCUGUUUUGGAAAACUUUACGGAGAAUUUAAAAUCAACUCACCACAUUACAAACUCAGGACUACUGCAGAUCUGGAGAACACCACAGCUACAUCAGUCACACCAGAGUUCAAACUGAACUUUAAUUCUCAGGCCACAUCUACUUUGAAGGCCCUCCAAUUCACCGUCGAUGCCAGUACACAUUUGGCUGUACCCAAAAUGAACAGCCUGACAAUUUAUGAGUAUAUCAAGAUUGAUCAGUCAUCUUUUAAACUCAACCACAACGGAACUGUGACUCUCUAUGGCCUCACAGGUCAAGGUUCUGCUGACACUACUGCAAAAAUCGCCACCGAGUUGUAUUCUGCAGAUCUUGUCAAUAAUGCAUUCUUAGCCAUGGAAGAUGGCCUCUCUGUGAGUGUAAAUUCAAACUACAAACAUGACCUCAACAUGCCACUGUUUAACAUCUUCACUCAAGUGUCAUCAACUCAAAAGACUAAUCUUGCAGUGGAAGCAGGAUCUGCCAAUCUAAAAAUGAACACAGUGGCGAAUGCAAAAUAUGCAGUUCAAGAUUUCUCAGAUGAGGCAACUCACAACAGUGACCUAGACUUAGUACUGGAUCUACACACAGCCAAAGUGACUUUCAUUGGUGCAACAGGUUGCAAAGGUUUUAAAACCAAUCAGAAUGUGGUUGCAGAUAUCUGCGUAUUCCGCCAUGCAAUUAUUGACGCAAAAGUUGAAACAGAAACACCAGUGAUGAAAGGCAGUGUUUUAGAUAUAAAGUUCCAGGCUAAAGCUGAAGAUAUGCAAAUUGAUCUUACUGCAUCCCAUAAUGCUCGACUGAUUGAGGGAACUCUUUCAAGCUCUGCCCUUGCCUUGAUCAAACCUACCGAGCUCAUGUUUGACACCAAAAAUAAGGGAAAUUCCAAGCUUUUCCUCCCAUUCGAAAUGUCUGGUAAAAUGGAGUUUGAGAAUGACAUAUUUCUUACACUGAACUCUGAAGUACAACAGGCUAGCUGGUCUGGAAUGGCCAGAGUCAACCAACAAAAAUAUUCCCAUUACUUCAAAAUGGAUAAUGGUGAUACAGAAAUUAACAUAAUUUCUCAGAUAAACGGAGAGGCAAAUCUUGACUUUCUGAAGCAACCCCUCACUAUUCCUGAAAUGACAGUCCCAUAUUAUGGAUUGAGGACACCCAAAGUGGAGGGUUUCUCACUUUGGGAAGAUGCUGCCUUGAAUGAUCUCUUCUCUACAACUCAGCAGACCUUUGACAUGAGCUCCAAGAUGAAAUACAUGAAGAAUCCAGAGAUGUUCACCAUCCGUCUAAGUACAGAUGCACUCGUUAGUGGCUUGAACACCAACAUUAAGAUUCCAAUUAUGGGUGAUCUGACCUAUGAGUUCUCCAUGAAAGCACCAAUGAUUACUCUCAAAAGUGAUGCCAGCAUUCUCAACCAGGACAGCUUCAUCAUCAAACUCGAUACAUCCUCAUCUUCAGAAUGUGAGUUUCUAACAGGGAAAUUUCAAGGAAACACUAAUGUUAACAUAGCCGGUGGAUUCAAAAUGGCCUCUGACCUAGCUUUAAAACAUAAAAUGUUGGAAGGAAACCAUGGCAGCAACAUCAUCUUGGAUUAUGAAAAUUUCGACGCCUCCAUCAUCAAUUCAGUAAAGGUUCAUCUGCCUUCUGAGACUAUGGAAAUCCACCAAGACAUUACUCCAAACAAUUUUGUUUUCUCUCUGUCCACUCCAUCUGCUGGUCACAUUGCAGUUCAGAUGCUGACCAAGCGCCCGGCACAAGUGAACGCAAGACUCUAUGGUCGUUAUCCUACUGAACCACAAACAGACAUCGAUAUCUUGGCCCUGAAGAUGUCUGUGAUGAAUUCUGAGAAGCUGAAUAUUCAGACUUCCUGGAACAUGGAGAUGCCAUAUGAAGUGAUGCUGGAACUGAAGAAUAAUGUACCCGAUGUUGUCCAAACGGUCUCUACUCCCGUUGUCAUGACAUAUGAUCAAAUCUACAGAUAUGCAAGAAGCCUUGAGGGGUCACUAGAGGAGACAAGGAACCAGGGUGCGGUUUUGUUGAAUAAGGCUAUUGAAAAUUUUGCAGCAGUUAAUCCCUCUGAUAUUAUAACAUCUGCCAAAGACCAGACCGUUAUUACUGUUAGAAAAUACCAAACGAAAUUUGAGCUUUUUCUCGAUGCUGCAGUUAAAUUCUUGAGAGAAACCAAGUUUGCAAUCCCAGGUUAUGCACAAAGGCUGUCUGGGCUUGAAGUAAUUGAGAAAUGUAAAACCUUUAUUGUUGAAGUAUAUGAAGAAGCCAACCAGAUAUUCUCAGAGUUCGUCUCAUCUACUUUGAAAGUAUACAUUGAGUCAUUUGAAGCCACUGAAUUCACAUUUCCUGGUUCCAGUCUUACUGUGAGUGGAAGAGAAAUUUUGAAAGACUCGUUCAACAGUCUGGUCAAAGUUUUUGCACAAUUUGAUGCCGCAGUGCGACAAAUAGGAGGUCAGGCAAUUGAAUAUAUUGAAAGGGAUCUUUCUGCAUUACUGAAGAGGCUGCGCCAAAUUUUAAGAUCCGAAGAUGUAAAAAAUGUUCCAGCCUUGGUGACCGACUUUUACGAGGAUGCUAUUAACUCCCGUUCCUUUACUUGGAUAGUGAAACAGAUUGAGACGGUCCACCACAUAAUUAGUGAAUACCUUAAAACUGUGGCAACAAACCUACAGAACAUUCUGGCCGACAUCUCCAUUGAACAGCUUCAAACAGACAUCCAGUCGUCAACUGACUCAAUGCUGAAACGGGCUAAUGCUUUCCAUGACAAUGUCAUCAAAGUCCUGAAGGAGAAAAGUAAAACUGUUGAAACAUUUGUAAGAGUAGGUGACAGACAAAUGGAGCUGGAUAUUCCUUUUCCUUUUGUUCCACAGUUCAACUAACGUCCUUGACCAACUACACCAUACUGUUGCGACAGUCUUUGUAACGGAAAGACCAUUCUAAGAAUGAAAACUGUACACUAAAUGUCAUGUUUAUUUUCCAUUUUGUUCAUUACACACCCACUGCCUAUUGUUCCUCAUUUGUAUGUUGUAUUGUACUAUUUAAAACCUGCUUCCUUAAUUAAAGACCGUUUUUACUGCA